UACCGUAGGUUACGCCUUCCCUCCGACAAUCAGUUCAUCGGUUACGCUUCUCCUCAGCCAACGCCCCUCCACGAUCUUAAGUCAUCAAAUGCCAAAGAUGAGUAUUAUCGUCCUCAUCAUCAACGCACCGCCUCUGUUUCAUCUCACCAGUUCUCAGAUUUUUGGCAUCGCGCUAGGAUCAAGAAGUUUCAAGCGACGAGGGUUUUAAUCCUGCAUAUUUCUCGAUUUCCUGCCAAUUAGAUCAGAAAGGUUUUUGUGGAGAAGAUCACGCCCCCCUUCAAAGACAUCAGUUGGGAUCGUGAUCCGCUAAGGUCCGGAUGAAGGUCUGUUGUGUAUUGGAAUCAAUUUUGAGGAAAAAGGAUAAUGAGCAUUUAUCCAUUAUAGCAUCUUAUUUUAGUGAGAGGAGAGAAUCUGUGGUUAAAUACUCUGACGUACCUCAAGUUUCUUUGAGAGAAAAGGCAAACAAAGUUUUAAGUCUUUUGGAUGGGGACAAGAUUUUUGGAACAGGGAACCAGGUGGAGCAAUCUAACACAAGACCCAUGCCAGUUCCAGCUGUUCAGAUGCCCGACUUAAUCGAUACAAGUGAUGCAAAUGAUUAUGGAACUGAAUCUUUAACACAGAAGCAUGUUGACCAAAAUAUUGGAAACCUGACAACAUCUGGUUCUUUGGUUGAUGAUUUGUUUGGAGAUGGCCCUGUUGCUGGUCUGAAUAGUAGUGAAAAUAGAAGUAAAGAUGAUCCAUUCGCAGACGUAUCUUUCCAUGUGACCGAAGAGAAACAACUUGAUGACAUAUUUUCAAGGUUGACAGUUGAUGUUAACAAAUCUGAGAAUGAGCAGAAAGUUAAUAAAGAGUUUGGAUUACUUGACGCUUUCAGUUCUAACUCUGAUCUUCUUCUACAAGAAUCAGAAACGAAAACAAGCAAUGACCAUGACUUGAUGACUGGUUUGUCUCUUAACAGUAAUGUGCUAGAGAAGAACCAACCUUUUAUUAGAACUUCCUUUGUUGAUACCAUAAAUCUGUCCAGCCAAAUGCCUACGAACCAAUCCAGCCAGGGUACUGUGAGCAGUGCUCUAAAUGGAGGUCUUGGUUCAAACUCCCUAUUCCCUAUGGCUGCAAUACAGUAUAAUAUGCCCCAAACUAUGAUGUUCAAUCCAUCUUAUACUAACCAGCCAAUGAACUAUGCCGCCAUAGGGGCGUUCAUUGCACAGCAGCAACUACUGUUUCAAAAUGUAGGAAAUAUUAAUGCUGGUUAUGGGCAUGCUGUUGACGGAAGUCACUCAGCAUUACCUGACAUUUUUCAACUUUCAAAAAAUCCGGUACAAAACCAUGCUACAACUCUAACUAGCUCGAAGGAGGAUACAAAAGCGUUCGAUUUUAUUUUGGUACUUGGUGCUGGGUGCUGGAGUUGCCGGAUGUUACUCUAUUCUCGGUUGCAAUUGAUUGACAAAGAGUGAAAAGUGCAACUGAAAAAGCUUUCACGAGGUCCAAAUCCGUUAUCAGUCUUUGAUAUGGAAUUCUAACUUAAAAUGAGACUAUUGAGCUGGAAAAUCUUUUAAUCAAUGCAUGCAUAACCAUGAAUUCAGUUGAAGCUAGAAAGGAGACUAGAAAAGCUCAUGCCUGUGAAGAAUUUACAAAGAGACCAAGAGAGAUGAUGAGAACUGGACGAAACACACGUUAGGUUCACGCCUGAGUGCCUCCUAUAUUGCCUUGAGAUCUCCUCUGAGCACCAAGCUCUAGAGAUAUCCAAACGUAUAGAGGAGUCCCUUUAUAUAUCACGUUGAAGAACAACAACAAUGUCUAAAACCAAUGCAGAGAAAAUGGAGUUGUUGGCUGAUAGAGCUGAGAGUCUCUUAGUAUGCCUGAAGCAGAGAUUUCCUGGCCUAACACAAACCACAUUGGACAUGUGCAAAAUUCAAUUCAACAAGGUUUUUGCUUUUGCUCAUCUAAUUUCUCACCUUUACAUAAUUCAAUUUUCCUUGUAACUAAGACUUGUACUUCCAGAAUAUUGGGAAAUCGAUUAUAGAAAGUUAUUCCAGAGUCUUGGAGAGCCUUGCAUUCAACAUUGUUGCUCGAAUCAAUGAUCUCAUAUAUGUUGAUGACUUAAGUAAGCAUUCUGAUCAGAAAAAUGUCACGGUCCCUUAUUCAAUUUCAGACUCUAUCACUCCUUAUGCUACUGCUUACGGAACUCCAAGCUUCUCACCGGUGCCAUUGCUUAGCCUAGCUUGUGGAGAGAAAACAUCUUUCCGCAUCAGAAAAGGUCAUAAUCAUGGAUUUAGUGUGAAAGUUUUGUCAGACUAUCUAAAUUGCGAAACGAGAGGGAGAAAUGAUAGCACUAUUAUCAACAUUUCAGAAUCGAUCCCAAGAAUGAACGAGUUAUGAUUCAUCGAGCUCAUAGUAAGAUCAUCCCAUAACAUGUACAUGACAUUUGUAAUAAGCUUGUUUUGUGUAUGCUGAGAUUUAGUCAAAGAUAACAGGUUGCGUGUGUAAUA